CGCUCAGCCGUCGACUGCCGCCAUCACUUGCAUCUGUCAGAGUUUUUCUCUGACUGUUUGCCGAACAGAAAGUGCUUUGCGAGGAGUGAACGGAAACAAUGUCUUGCUCCUGACUAACACUGAAUGGAUUAGCCGGCUAUUCUGAGCACUAAUGAGAUUACGGAGUCACAAAAGACAUGGGUCCUAGCAGCAUGUUACCUUUUGCCGCGCUUCUUGAGGAGUGUUUUACUAGUCAGUCCCUCAACGGUGGAUAUGGAGCUCUGAAAGUGACUGAGGCAGAGCCGGCGCGCGCGGAUGCCAAGGAGUAGACACAUAUGCGCUCACCUAUGUUGGUUUUUUGGUGUGUAUUCUGAUAGUAGCGGUGGACAAUAUGAAAUACCAAAAGUAUAUAACAGUGAUGCAGAUGGCCAUGGGAGUGACAGCCUCCAACAAAGACGACUGCAUCCCUCCAAAGAGACAGUUGUGGAUGCCACCUGGUUCAGAUGACCCCACUGCCUCUGCUGCGGCGCCACCUGCUGCGGAUGUGAGUCAGGGUAAACCAUCACUGCGUAGGGUCAAGGGUUGCAUCCACAGGAGCAAAAGUCUGGACAGCAUGGACCUACUGGACUGCAAUAGUACAACGAUGGAGGAAACUGUAAUAUGGGAACAGCACACAGUGACUCUUCACAGGGCUCCGGGUUUUGGGUUUGGAAUAGCAAUCUCAGGGGGACGUGAUAACCCUCAUUUCCAAAGUGGAGAGACCUCCAUAGUGAUCUCAGAUGUGCUCAAAGGAGGACCGGCAGAGGGGCUUCUACAAGAGAACGACAGAGUGGUGAUGGUAAACGCUGUCUCCAUGGACAAUGUGGAGCAUGCAUACGCUGUUCAGCAGCUGAGGAAGAGUGGAAAGAAUGCCAAAAUUACUAUUCGCAGAAAGCGGAAAGUACAGAUUCCCGUAACACGGGGAGGAGACCGAGAGACGAUGUCAGAAAGAGAAGAAGAGGAUGACACUGAGGAGGAUGACUAUGAGGGACCACGUGCAGGGGGGGCAAGCGGGGGCACAAGCAGAAGAAACGAACGCAGUGGCAGUGGCGGCCGGCGGGACCACAGUGCUACCCGUGAGAGGAGUGUCUCCCCAUGCUCAGACAUACGAUCUGUUGCGUCCAACGUCCCAUCUCGACCUGCCAAUGUCACACUCGUUAAGUCACGCAAGACUGAAGAAUAUGGCCUGCGUCUGGCCAGCCACAUCUUUGUAAAAGAUAUUUCUCCUGAAAGCCUGGCGGCCCGUGACGGCAACAUACAAGAGGGAGACGUUGUCCUAAAGAUCAAUGGCACAGUGACUGAGAACCUGUCCUUGAUCGAUGCAAAGAAGCUUAUAGAGCGAUCAAAAGGCAAGCUGAAGAUGGUGGUGCAGAGAGACGAGAGGGCAACACUCCUCAACAUUCCUGACAUGGACGAUAGCAUUCCCUCAGCUAAUUCAGACAGAGAUGACAUUUCAGAAAUUCAUUCACUGGCAUCAGAUCAUUCCCAUGAGCCCACCAGACACAGCCGCUCCCCUGACAAACACUCAGAGCCCUCGGACAUCUCCAGCCAGUCUCCCCAGCAGAUGAGCAAUGGCAGUCACAGGAGUCGUGAAGAGGAGCGCACCUCUAAACCAUCGGCUGUGUCCACCCCAGUUAAGAUGGCUGAUGAUGCACUUCUGGCUCCAUCCACUGAACAGCCCGGGGACAAACAGAUCUUUCCACUGCCAGAGCCAAAGCCACUAUAUGCGCAGCCUGGACAACCUGAUGUCGAUCUGCCAGUGAGCCCAUCAGAUGCCCCUGUGCCCAGUGCCGCCCAUGAUGACAGCAUCCUCCGGCCUAGUAUGAAGCUGGUGAAGUUCAAGAAGGGAGAAAGCGUAGGAUUGCGGCUGGCGGGAGGUAAUGAUGUAGGAAUCUUUGUGGCUGGUGUGCUGGAGGACAGUCCUGCUGCCAAAGAAGGCCUGGAGGAGGGAGACCAGAUACUCAGGGUGAACAAUGUUGAUUUUGCAAACAUCAUUCGUGAGGAAGCGGUGCUGUUCCUUCUGGACCUGCCCAGAGGUGAAGAGGUCACCAUCCUGGCUCAGAAGAAAAAGGACGUGUACCGGCGGAUAGUAGAAUCUGAUGUGGGCGACUCCUUCUACAUCAGAACACACUUUGAGUACGAGAAGGAAUCUCCUUAUGGGUUGAGCUUUAAUAAGGGAGAGGUGUUCAGGGUGGUGGACACACUCUACAAUGGCAAACUGGGCUCCUGGCUGGCCAUCCGCAUUGGGAAAAACCAUCAGGAGGUGGAGAGAGGCAUCAUUCCCAACAAAAACAGGGCAGAGCAGCUUUCCAGUGUGCAGUACACACUCCCCAAAACAGCGGGCGGAGACCGGGCUGACUUCUGGAGGUUCAGAGGGCUGCGCAGCUCCAAGAGGAACUUGCGGAAGAGCAAAGAGGAUCUGUCAGCUCAGCCUGUUCAGACCAAAUUCCCUGCUUAUGAGAGGGUGGUUCUUAGGGAGGCUGGGUUCCUGAGGCCUGUUGUGAUCUUUGGGCCAAUCGCCGAUGUGGCACGAGAUAAACUGGCAAGAGAGGUGCCUGAUCUGUUCGAGCUUGCAAAGACACAGCACCCAGAUGGAAGGGAAAAGAGUGAACCCAGAGAUGCCGGCACUGACCAGCGCAGUUCAGGGAUCAUACGCCUUCACACUAUCAAACAGAUUAUCGACCAGGAUAAGCAUGCAGUGUUGGACAUUACUCCUAAUGCAGUGGAUCGGCUGAACUAUGCCCAGUGGUAUCCUAUCGUGGUGUUCCUGAAUCCUGACAGUAAGCAGGGCGUAAAGAACAUGAGGACCAGGCUGUGUCCUGAGUCCAGAAAGAGUGCCAGGAAACUCCAUGACCGUGCACUCAAAUUGAGAAAGAACAACCACCAUCUCUUCACAGCCACCAUUAAUAUGAACAACAUGAAUGAUGGAUGGUACGGCGCAUUAAAGGAGACCAUUCAACAGCAGCAGAAUCAGCUUGUGUGGGUCUCAGAGGGCAAGGCGGAUGGCACUCCUGACGAUGAUCUGGACCUUCACGAUGACCGUCUGUCCUACUUGUCUGCCCCUGGCAGUGAGUACAGUAUGUACAGCACGGACAGCCGCCACACCUCUGACUAUGAGGACACAGAUACGGAGGGUGGCGCCUACACAGACCAGGAACUAGACGAGACCCUCAAUGAUGAGCUGGGACUGCCCAGCGAACCCGCCAUCACUCGCUCCUCAGAGCCCGUUCGGGAGGAUCUGCCCGUCAUUCAGGAACCUCCUGGAUAUGGAAACUACCAGCAGCCCCCGCUGCAGCCUGAGCCGAUGAACCGCAUCGACCCAGCAGGGUUCAAGGCCCCUGCACCUCAGCAGAAAGCAGAGGCAUCUCUCCCCCUGCAGCCUGAGCCGCUGGCAGAGACAGCUCCCCCUGCUGUUCAUGUAAAUGUAGGGGCUCUGAGUGCCAAGGAUGUCCCGGUCACCCUCUCUCAGGGGGAUUUCAGCCCAGAGGCUGGCUCUCUCUUCCCACCUGCCACUGAGCUAGCUCAGCCCCCGUCUCCUGACCCCAACCAAUCUGGACAGCCUGGGUCGGAGUCCAAGAUGUACAAGAAGGAGAUCUACCGUAGCAAUGAGCCAGUAAGCCCAGUUCCUAUGCAGCCCAACUAUAACUCCCAGCAGCCCACCUACCAGGAAGACAAGCCAUAUAUAGAUUAUGACCACCAGCCGUACCACUAUGAUGGGGGCUACAUGGAACCAAAGGCCCGUGACUUUGAUCCUCACCUACAUUUUGAUAGACGCGUGCCUCCAUAUGAAGAGCAGUGGGCACCGUACGACCACCAGACCAUUCCCCAGCAUCCCUCUGGAUACGACCCUCGUUUGCCCUAUGAGGAUGAUCCGAACCGCAUCUACGGUCAGCGACAUGACACUGGAUACAACACGGGUCGACCUCGCUAUGGCAAACCCAGUACCGGGCUGAUUCGACACGAUGAACCACCCCCUCCUAAGGCAGGAGUAUAUGAAGCACUCCCUCCGUAUGACCAGGAGUCACUCCAUCGCACUCGAGCUACCUCCCGCUCCCCUGAACCCCCCAAACAGUACUACGACCCUUCUCAGAGGCCUUCCUACAAUCAAGCACCACAGAGGAGUUAUAUGAACUCUGAGGCUUUUGUGGCCCCUACCAAACCAGAGUCCAUCACACAGCCAGCAGAGCCUGCACUUCCACCUCUUCCAGCUGAGGCUGAGGAAGACCCAGUCAUGAAGCACCAGUCUGUGCUGACGAGGGUGAAGAUGUUUGAGAACAAGCGUUCUGUGUCUGUGGACAGGGCAAGAGAGUCUGCAGACUCUGGCCUUCAGCCAGUGGACAUGAUGCCUAAACCUGGAGCUGCCUCUGUGCCCAAAGCCAACUCCUUAAGUAACCUGGACCAAGAGAAGGCCUUUAGAUCUCCAGAGCCACAGCAGCCUCAGCCUAAAGCAGUGGAGGAUAUAAUUCGCUCUAACAACAAUGAUCCUGAUGAGGAUGAGGAGUACUACAGGAAACAGCUCUCUUACUUUGACCGUCGAAGCUUUGACAGCAAACCUGCCGCACAGCUGACACCUGCAGUCAAGCCAGCCCAACCCCAGACCCAACCAGGCUACUAUCCCAGGGCAGAAUCCGUGGAGAAAAUCAACCAUGUUCCUCCAGUAAACCCAACUGUCCCACCUCUAACCCUACCCAAACCUGCAGUGACGCCAACACUCGACCCACACAGUUCUCCCAAAAUGAAGCCUCACAGUCAUGAAGACACAGUCCAGAGUAAUUACCUGCCUCAGAAAAGCUUCCCAGAGAAAUCUCCUGUGAAUGGAACAGGUGAACCUCCAAAGCCCAACAGCGCUCCCGUCACGUCCAGCUACAACCGAUUUGUGACCAAGCCAUACACAACAUCUGCAAGGCCCUUUGAGCGCAAGUUCGACAGCCCCAAGUUCAACCACAACCUCCUGCCUAAUGACUCACAAAAUAAGGCCGAUAAUGUUAAAGCUCCCAUCACCAACACAGUCAAACCACUGAGCUCCCCCCAAAAGACAGACCACGACAGCGGCCUAGAUACAUUCUCUCACACCAUGGAACAGAAACCCAAAUUCCAGCAGAACAGCAUCAAUGCUGUGCCCAAGGCAAUACCUGUCAGCCCAACUGCUUUGGAGGAUGAUGAUGAUGAUGAAAGCCACACAGUGGUGGCAACAGCCCGGGGCAUCUUUAACUGUAACGGCGGGGUCCUGAGCUCCAUUGAGACGGGAGUGAGCAUCAUUAUCCCACAGGGAGCCAUUCCUGAUGGUGUGGAGCAAGAGAUUUACUUCAAAGUGUGUCGGGAUAACAGCAUCCUGCCACCUCUGGACAAAGAGAAAGGUGAAACUCUGCUGAGUCCUCUGGUGAUGUGUGGUCCUCAUGGUCUUAAGUUCCUGAAGCCAGUGGAGCUCCGCCUACCUCACUGUGCAUCUAUGACCCCUGAUGGUUGGUCUUUUGCUCUAAAAUCCUCCGACUCCUCGUCGGAAGAUCCUAAGAGUUGGCAGAACAAAUCUCUCCCCGGUGAUCCCAACUACCUGGUUGGACCCAACUGCGUGUCUGUGCUUAUUGACCAUUUCUGAAGAGGGCAACAGCAGGCACAUUAAUGAAUGUGGAACCAGAUAACCGAAAAGAAGACAUUCCCCUAAAGAACGCUAAGACACACACACACACACACACACACAUCUUGGAUGAAGGAACAAAGCAACACUAAAUGAAGGGUCUCCUGACUGUGCUCUGGCUUUGUUUAGUGUAACUACAGAGAGAAUGGAUGAAGGGUUACGUUCUCUGAAGUGUUGUGCUCAUCUUAUUCCUAAUUUUUUCUUCUUCCUCUACUUUUUUUAAGUGCUUUUAAAGGCUUUUGACGGUAACAAAAACAGACAUUACCUUUGAUGGACUGCAUGCUCUGUGCCACUGACAAAUUCAUACACACUGAAAGCCAACUAUAUUAUUUAAAACACAUCAUUUUUGUGUUCUUUAACAAUUUGUUAGGUUCUUCCAUUCAGUCUAGACAUAUGCAAAUUAUAGACUAUUAAUCUGCAAAUGUAUUGUCAUUUCAUAUAGUUUAUACACCAUCAUGAUAUUACUGUAAUGUAUAGUGCAACUUUUCUAGAAUAUUUAAUUCUAAUUUCAGACUUUUUAGACGACAAAUAUGUUUCAAAAGGUUGAAGUGUAUACCUGAUACAUUUCCUGACUUUCAUCAUGAGAGUAUAGGCGAACAUGUCAUGGUGCAGAAACAGUGCUAGAUAAGAGUGUAAGGAAAGUGUCAUUGAGAUAUUAUCGUGAAAGAACUGACAACUGAAGAAUAUACACUAUGACAUUUCCUUACCAAGGAAUUGUGUCACCAGAUACCUGCAGGUUUAUCUUUUUAAUAGUUCCUUUGUACAACUUUGAAGACACUACUAGCCUCCGUACAGACCUGUGAACUUAAGCACUGGAACAUUCCUGCUGUAUCGUGAUCUAUGCAUGUGCUUUGACUCAGGUUUGAAGACUGCUGCUCUCUUAUUCUUUACUUUUUCACUCUCACUUUCACUUUGUUUUCUAUAAUAUUUCUCCCAGUUUCUUCCUCACUCUCUUACUCCAUCUAAAGCAGUGAUGCCUUAUCUGAAAUGAUACAGUUUUUCAAUAACAAAAACCUUUUUUGUUUAUUUUUGCUAAGUUGUGUUUAUGAUAAAUUAUGAAGAAACUGAAGUUGUCUUUCUGCCAUUUUGUCAAGACACUGUAAAAAAAAAAAAAAAAAAACCUGGGUGUCGUAUACAGGAACAGAAUAAAGGUUAAGAACAGGUUUUCUCUUUUAAUCUGCUAUGCACAUGACAACAAAAAUAAAAGAUGGGAGAAAGGAGACAAAUUGGCUGUACAUAAAGCUAGCAUAUUGCCUUCAUUAUUGGUUUGUAAAAAAAAAAAAAAAAGACUUUUGUAUGUCUUUGUUAUUUUGUAUAAAACUUAGGGGAAGAAAUGUUUAUAAAAGAGAAUGAAUGAAAUGAAAAUGGUCUGAUCUUUGUAUUCUGGUUUUACCCUUGGGCUUUGGAACGUAUAACAGUAAUAAUUUCACCUUUUCUACAGUUAAACACUAAGUAUGAUUUUUUUUUUAAUGAUAACCAUCUUUUUAUUCUUUAUUUACAAAGGAAAGUGCUUGAUGUACACUUCUCAAAACGUAUUUCUUUUAAACUGAGUGCUCUAAAUAUGACCCACCCAUUUAUUUGUAAUACUGGAUGCUAAAUUGCGUGUCCUGAAAUGUAUUUUUGUACUAAUAGACGAUUUAUUAUGGCACACCAGAAAGCAUUUUCUUUAGACAAUAUACUGUAACACUGCUUUGACCCUUUUCAAAACAAUUUCCCGAAUGCUACUGUAUUAAAAAAUAAAGUCAUUUUUA